AUGACUCCUAGGGUCGUCAGGAUAGCGCUUUUCCUUUGCGACACCCCAAUUCCCUCAGUUCUGUCCACCCAUGGAGAUUAUACUAGGAUCUUUCAAGCUCUUCUCCAUCAGACACGACCCGCCGACUCUGAGUAUCUUCUGGAUCCCUAUGAUGUCGUGAACAAGAUGGAAUAUCCCACCGAUUCAAAACUGAAGGAAUACGAUGCGAUUAUGCUCACUGGAUCUGCUGCAAGUGCAUACUCCGAUGUUCCUUGGAUAACCAAGCUGGUCUCUUACAUCGCACGUUUUGGUGAUCUGUCAACGAAUCCAAAUCCUCAACUGAAGCUGAUCGGUGUAUGUUUUGGUCACCAAAUUAUUGCCAUGGCUCUUGGUGGAACAUGCGAGCGUACACCGGGUGCCAGAUGGGAGAUUGGACCGACCCCCAUAAAGCUAACUCAGCUGGGAAAAGAAGUAUUCGAUGUGGAAGACGACGAGCUGAAUAUCCAACAAAUGCACAGAGAUUACGUUCCCUGUAUCCCAUCCCAAUUCCAUCUCCUUGCAUCCACAGAUACCACAAUGAAUCAAGGAAUGGUACGGUUCUUCGAUUCGGAAUCGCCGACGUCUCAUGACACCACACAAAUCCAAAUUUUAACUGUGCAAGGCCACCCCGAGUUCACUGAGCCCAUCGUCACGGAAAUAUUGAAGGCAAGGCAUGCGAUGGGCGUGGUAGAUGAUGCCACGAGGGACGACGUAACUAGGAGAAAGGAUUGGAGAAAUGAUGGUCAUAUAGUUGUACGUACCGUGUGGAGGAUUCUUGGAGAGUAG